AUGGGAGACUUCGAUAACAAGAUCGGGCGAGGAAGAGCCAAUGAAAAUUAUGACGAUAAGUACUGCAUCGGAGAUAGAAAUGAGCAAGGAGAUCGGCUGAUAACCAUGGCAGAAAUGAAGCAUCUGUACAUUGGCAACACCUUAGUCACGAAGAAGAGCAACAGGAGCUGGGCAUGGAUCGCCCCAAACGCGGCGACAAAGAACGUGAUUAGUUUCGUCCUGUUCGUUAAACUCGUAUUAUUCGGCGUAGCAAUAAUGCCGUCAUUCAACACCGGCAAUGACCACCAACUCUUGCGUGCCAUUCUGACCUUCGAGAAGAAUAUGGAGAGGAAGACAUUACAGACGGCAAAUCGUCGACAACGAUCAAAGGUAUUAGACGAGGCGGUGCUCCAGGCGCACAUUUUUAGCUUGAGCUAA